AGCUUUGCGAAUCAAAAAUCGUGAGGUGGCGAUCGCAGCAAGGCCGAUGCUGCGUCUUCGCCGUUGCGCGGGCGCUCGCCGCUCCGCGGUCCGUGGUUUGCACUCGCUACCAUCCACGGAGCUACGCAGUCGCUUCCUACAGUUCUUCAAGACUCAGGGCCAUCGCAUCGUGCCCAGUGCGUCGCUGGUGCCGCCCGGAGGUGACCAAUCGCUGCUGUUCGUGAACGCCGGCAUGGUGCCGUUCAAGCAGGCAUUCCUGGGUCUCGACGGUGGAGCGGAGGCGCGCGGAUACUCCAGAGCCACCUCAGCGCAGCGCUGUGUGCGAGCUGGUGGUAAGCACAACGAUCUGGACCAGGUGGGACUCACGCGCCGGCAUCACACAAUGUUCGAGAUGCUGGGCAAUUUCAGCUUCGGCGACUACUUCAAGGAGCAGGCAAUUGCAAUGUGCUGGCGCUUUCUUACUCAGGAAUUGGGACUGCCCGUUGACAGACUACACGUUACGGUGCUCAAGAGCGAUCAAGAGGCUCGUCGUCUGUGGAAGCAGAUCGCUGGACUUCCCGACCACAAGAUAUUAGAGCUGGACGAACAUGAUAACUUUUGGGCCAUGGGCGACUCUGGCCCGUGCGGUCCGUGCUCGGAAGUGUUUUGGGACCUCGGAGACCACAUCGCUGACCCUGACGAACGCUUCUUGGAGCUGUGGAACCUCGUGUUCAUGCAGUUCUUCCGCAACGAAGGCGAUAGUGAGCUUCACCCACUUCCAAACUGUUCUGUCGACACAGGAAUGGGUCUUGAGCGCGUGGCCUCCGUUCUUCAAGGAGUCCCUUCCAACUACCACACAGACAUCUUCGUGCCUCUCUUGACAGAGGUGGCUUCCGUACUAGACGUCAACCGGUCGUCAACCUCACGCCAAUCUUUCACUAGUGCGCUUCAAGAAGAGCUAGAUCCGAGCAAGAAUUUAUUCGGGACCGGAAAAGAGAUUCAAACCCUCCGCAUUGUCAGUGACCACCUUCGUGCGACCUACGCAUUGCUACACGACGGUGUUUUCCCGUCCAACAUUGGUCGCGGCUACGUACUUCGCCGUAUCAUCCGGCGUGCCAUUCGACAUGCGCAGCAACUCGGCGUUAAGGGUGGCUCAGACGGCAUUUUGGCUUCGAUUGCAGUCCCUGGAUGGACAGAAACUGCAGGUUUCCAGCAAAUGCGAGCCAUCGUUUCCAACGAGGAGAGAGCGUUUGAAGAGAUGCUUCGUAAUGGCCGCGGUGCUAUUGAAAAGGCUUUCUCAAAGACCCAUACCGUGCUGUCUGGUGCUGAUGCUUUCCGUCUAUACGACACGUAUGGUAUCCCGCUAGAUAUCACUCAGGUGCUGGCGGAAGAGAAGGGUCUUAGUGUCGAUAUCGAAGGUUACGACUCUUGUAUGAAGAGCCACAAGCAGCAAACCAGUGACCGUAGUGCCUUCGCGGGCCACAAUACUCAACCUUCAUCAGAGCAGUCUUCAGCUCCAGCAGCGACUGUGGUCAGCGAGUUCGUGGGCUACGAUCAGCUUAGCGUGUCUAAAGCUCGCGUACUGGACAGUUGGUCGGGUCCAGGUUCGAACGGGUUCAGCGUCAUUCUCGAUCGCUGUCCAUUCUACCCGGAAGGAGGAGGCCAAGUUGGAGAUCGUGGUCACCUGAUUUUUACCUCCGAGGGCAGUUUAAAACACCUUACGAUUCCUGUUGAAAACACAACGAAACUCAACGAGGAUGCAAUUGCAGUUAAAUGUUCAUUACCGAAGGAUACGACGUUCGAAGACAUUACAGCGCUAUUCGUCCGCGACGAUGGUUUAAAACCUACCGUUGAGGCGCAUGUGGAUCGCAAGCUUCGUUCUAGUUGCGCUGUACAUCACACUGCAACUCAUUUACUACAGCGAGCGCUGAAGGCGGAGUUGGGCGAGCACGUGACGCAAGCGGGUUCACAGGUUACUAGUGACCGGCUUCGCUUCGAUUUUGCCCAUUUCGGAGCCUUAUCUCCUGAUGAGAUGGCAAGUGUGGAGGCACGAGUGAAUGCGUUUGCAGCAGCGGAGCUGGACGUUACAACCGUCGAGUUGCCACGAGAAGAAGCCGAACGCAGUGGCGCCAUUUGCAACUUCGGUGAUAAGUAUGGAGAUGUUGUACGUGUCGUUCGAGUUGGAGCGGCUGAAGCUCCUCUAACCAGCGAGUUUUGCGGAGGAACGCACGUGCAAAAUGUACGUGAGGUGUUCCCGUUCGCACUGGUGAGCGAGGGAUCAGUAGCUGCAGGUACACGACGUGUGGAAGCGGUGGCAGGAGCGGCUGGUGCCCGGUACUUACAAGCAAAGGCACAGACGCUGAGCGAGGUGGCCGAUCAGCUCUCGACUACACCUGCUAAGGUGGUAGAGCGUGUUAGAAAGAUGCAUAAGCAGGUGAAACAGCUCGAGAGUCGAGUUCAAGCUCUGGGCGACGUGCUAGCCGCGCUCCCUUCGACUCCACUGGCGUCGGGAUCUAUUGACGGAGCUAUCAGUGUGCCUCAAGUAGAACUGCAUGCGUUGGAUGUUCCUGGAGGCGGAGAAUUCUCCAAGGUGCUUAAACGCCGCGCUGAAUUCUUGGCAGAGCAAGCUUCCCCUAACAGCGUGCUGCUGGUUCUGGUUGGAUCCCAGGUAGCGUGCAUCGCCAACUCUGAGGCGAAGGUUCACGCUGGCAAACUGCUCCAACAAGUGGUCAAGCCGCUGGGUGGUCGUGGAGGCGGCAACGCUAGCUUCGCGCAAGGAUCAGUUCCCGCAGAUCUCACGCCGCAAGAGAUCGCUAAUCGUGUGCUUAGCGUUUGAAUAGAGACCGGAUAGAGGCUUUUUUACAGUUAAAGAACGUUGAAGUGGAAAUGUCAUUAUUUACCCUCAC